AUGACGGACAACAUUGCCAAUCUGAAUAGCGACCAGGACGAUGACAUUGCUGAAGAGAUCCGCAGGAGUGAAGCAGCAACAGCAGCAGCAGCGCCCAAUGCAUAUCAAAGGCCAGAAACAACAGCAGCACAGCAGCAGCGCCCAAUGCAUAUCAAAGGCCAGAAACAACAGCAGCAACGCCCAAUGCAUAUCAAAGGCCAGAAACAACAGCAGCAACAACAGCAGCAAGAGCGCCCAAUAGACAUCAAAGGCCAGCAACAUCAUCCGCGACCACAACGUAUACAGGAGCCUCAAGAAGCACACUUUCUCCAGCGUUACGAGCGUCCGCAACGUCAGCAGCGUCCGCAUCGCCAGAAGGGCCCAAAGAGGCCAAAACGUCCUGGUUCCCGCUUAUCGGCUUACAAGGGACAACAUAAAGGACAGCACCAGUAUCCCCAGUAUCCUCAGCGCCCGCAGUACCCGCAGGUUCCAUCCCGCCCAGACUGGAAGGGUGGCCAAAAGGGACAUCACAAAGGUUCAGGUCAGAAGGAAACUGACAGCAUGUCAGAAUCUGACGAAUACUUUGGUGGUGUUAAGGAUACGAAGGGCCAGAAGUGGCGACCCAUCGAGCCAGCUUGGAAGAAAGGCAUCAAAGGAGGUCAAAAAGGACAGGCUUACGACGUUGGUGCCUACGAAGACUACGCCGAAGAGGAGAACAGGGAUGACGAAGCAAGUUUCGAAGAAGAGGAAGAAGAGCUGGAAGAGUAGAGAAGAACAGGCCUGAGGAAACGACCUCAGUUUCCAUGUAAAAACGCCGAGACUUGGACCCCUGCUUCCCCCUCCAUAUCAUGUACAUGGGUUUACUUUUUUCGGUCAAAUAAAGGUCAGCUCAACUGUAAGCAGCCCAUUCCACUGAACCAUACAAGCUGGCUGAGAAUAAACAUGUUCUAUUUUCAUCUCUA